AUGCUGGCGCUCAGCCUAAUUUUUGCGGCAGGCGCUUUUGCCUCGCCACUUAGUUCUUUGCAACAAGAGGACGGCUUCAGCUCAGCGAGCAAUGACACGUCUGGCGAUGUCCUGUUUGAGGUCAACGACUUCCUCGGCACCAACUACCGCAUCUCGUCCUUCUCCACCUACAACAACGUCAUCUCCGCCUGUAGUGACAAGUACGAGCCAAGCGGUGGUAGUGUGCCCAAACAAUCCACAGUCUUGCGAAGCUGA